AUGCUGACACGGGUCUUGUUAGCUCUUGGACUUCUAGUAUCAGCCAUGGCCAGUCCAGUCGCCACAGCUGCCACCUCUACAGUGACUACUUCCUCUAUAGUGACUACAUCAGCCGACGAUAAACUUGUAUUUUGUCAUUUCAUGGUUGGAAUCACUAGCAAUCGCGUAAACUCCAGCGAGUACGACGAUGAUAUGCAACGCGCCAAAAAUGCUGGCAUAGACGCGUUUGCUUUGAACAUCGGCACGGAUACAUAUACCGACACUCAGCUCAAGUUUGCCUACGACUCAGCCUAUAGGAAUGGAAUGAAGGUGUUUAUUUCCUUCGACUUCAACUGGUGGAGCACAGGACAGGGUAGCGCCGUUGGCGCCAAAAUCAAGGAAUACGCCAGCUACCCAGCUCAGCUCAAAGUCGACGGCAAGGUCUUUGUCUCGUCGUUCUCGGGCGACGGGGUCGAUGUCGAUGCCAUGACGGCUGCGGCUGGCCAGAGCCUGUUUUUUGCACCAAAUUUCCAUCCCGGGGAAGGGAACUUCAGUGCCGUUCAAGGUGCACUCAAUUGGAUGGCUUGGCCGAGUAAUGGAGAUAACAAGGCUCCAACUGCUGAGAAGCUUGUGGAAGUUCCUCAUGGCGAUCAGUCAUAUCUAGAUCUUUUGGGCGAUAACUCAUACAUCGCGCGUAUGUUAUCCUUUCCUCUGGAUGGGACUCUGCUGACUGUUGAUAUAGCGGUAUCGCCGUGGUUUUUCACUCAUUUCGGAUGCGAAGUCUCUUACAGCAAGAAUUGGGUCUUCCCCUCCGACUUACUCUGGUAUCGGCGCUGGCGCCAGAUCCUGGCUCUUCAGCCUCGUUUUGUGGAAAUUGUCACCUGGAACGAUUAUGGAGAGUCGCAUUACGUUGGGCCACUGUCAUCGCCUCAUACUGACGAUGGAUCAUCCCAGUGGGUGAUGGAUAUUCUCUCAAGGCCCCACGACGGUUGGCUAGAAAUGGCCAAGCCAUUCAUCGCCGCCUACAAGGCCGGAAGCCUCAUAGCACUCCCCUACAUCGAAGAGGAGAAGUUGGUCUACUGGUACAGACCCACACUCCGGGAUGUCAACUGCGACGCGACCGAUACAACAAUGACUGGCAGCGCCAACAACGCGAGUGGCAAUUUCUUCCGCGGCAAGCCCGACGGAUGGGAAACAAUGGAAGACGAGGUAUUUGUCGUGGCGCUACUCAAGGCCCCCGCAGAAGUCCACGUGAAAUCUGGCAACAAGUCGCAGACGUUCCUGGCUCCAGCGGGGAUCAGUGCAUGGUCUACGCCCAUGGGGGUGGGUCGACAGCAUUUCGCGGUGAAGCGGAGUGGAAAGACGGUGUUGUCAGGAACCAGCCUGAAAGAUAUUGUUGAUCAUUGCAUCUGCGGGAUCUACAACUUCAAUGCCUAUGUCGGGACGCUCCCUGCCCCAACCAAAAUCGACCAACUCCAGCCGGCUGGACUGGCUUCGUUAUCGCAGGGGUUGAAGGUGGCAUGUCCGACAAAUACUUUGGGGAUGACGAGUGCGUCAAGUGCGAUGAGCACUCCCACUAGCGCUUGA